AUGGCGGCCGCCCUGGGAGCGGGCGGAGGAGCGGGCGCCGGAGAUGAUGACUUUGACCAGUUUGAUAAGCCUGGUGCGGAGCGGUCCUGGAGGAGAAGAGCUGCGGACGAGGACUGGGACAGUGAACUUGAUGAUGACUUACUUGGAGAGGAUUUGCUCUCUGGCAAAAAGAAUCAAUCGGAUUUGUCAGAUGAAGAGCUAAAUGAUGAUCUCCUACAGAGUGAUAAUGAAGACGAAGAAAAUUUCUGUGCUCAGGAUGUCACGAUCAGUCUGACGGCCACGUCAGACAUGGUCACGUCGUUUGAGAUGUCUGACACUAAUGACCAGUCUGCAGAGCAGGAGUCUGAGUAUGAGCAAGGCGAGGAUGAGCUCGUCUAUCACAAGUCGGGUGGGUCUGAGCUGUAUGCUCACGAGUACCCAGAAGAGGGGCCGUACGAGGGCCCCGACGCCGAGCUCCCGGAGGACCACAUUGAGUACGUGGAGGGGCCCGAGGAGGAGCCGCUGUUCAACGACGAGGUCCUGGACAUCGAGAUCAAUGAGCCCUUAGACGAGUUCACAGAUGAAGAAUACUUGCAGGCUUGUGGGCAACAAGGGAUGAAAGAGCAGGAAGACUGUGUUGCUGAAGAGGAAUUAGAUGAGAUUACUGAUUCCCAGGUUGAUCCUGAAACCGAAGAGGGAGGCAUGGAGACUUUGGAGCUGCAGAAGGACAUCAAAGAAGAGUCAGAUGAAGAAGACGAUGAUGAUGAAGAAUCUGGACGAUUACGUUUCAAAACUGAAAGGAAAGAAGGAACAAUUAUUAGGCUCUCAGAUGUAACUAGAGAGAGAAGGAACAUUCCAGAAACUUUGGAGCUUUCAGCAGAAGCCAAAGCUGCGUUGCUUGAAUUUGAAGAGAGGGAGCGACAGCACAAACAGGGCCGCUACGGCUCCAGGCGGGGAGGAAGGAGAGGAGGCUCGUCCAUGUGCCGUGGUGUUGGAGACCAGAGGAGAGAGAGCAGCGAGAGGGGGCGUGCCAAGGACCACAGGCCCGCCCUGCUGCCCACACAGCCGCCUGUGGUGACGUACUCUCCAAGAUUAAUUCCUCCUCCACAGCCUCAGCCACCGCCGCCGCCGCCGCCGCCUCCACAGCAGCCGAUCCGCAGUCUGUUCCAGCAGCAGCAGCUCCAGCCCCUGCUGCCCCUGCAGCACCCGCACCACCCCUCCCCUCCACAGGGGAUGCACAUGCCGCCCCAGAUCGAGGCCCCCCGGGUGAUGAUGACCCCUCCUCCUGUGACCCCGCAGCAGCCCAAGAACAUACACAUCAACCCUCACUUCAAAGGGGCCGUGGUGACGCCCGUUCAAGUGCCCUUGCUGCCAGUCCCGAGCCAGCCGAGACCUGCGGUGGGACCCCAGAGAUUCCCAGGCCCUCCAGAGUUCCCGCAGCACACGCCUGGCCCCGUCCCCAACAACUUCAGCCAGCCCCCUCGGCUUCCUCUUCAGGACCAGUGGAGGGCCCCGCCCCCACCCCAGGAGCGAGACCCUUUCUUCUUGGGAGUUUCAGGUGAGCCAAGGUUCCCGAGCCAUCUCUUCCUGGAGCAACGAAGUCCCCCCCCACCGCCGCCUCCUCCCACGCUCCUCAGCAGUGGUCACCCUGUGCCCACGCCCAGCCCCUUGCCCUUCACCCAGCCCGGCCCAGCGUUCAGUCAGCAGGGGCAGCAGCCUGUGUUCCCCAGAGAGAGGCCCGUGAGGCCAGCCCUCCAGCCUCCGGGGCCAGUGGGGCUCCUGCACUUCAGCCAGCCAGGGUCCGCAGCCACACGGCCCUUCAUCCCUCCUCGCCAGCCCUUCCUGCCGGGCCCCGGACAGCCCUUCCUGCCCACCCACACGCAGCCCAGUCUGCAGGGGCCGCUGCACCCCCCGCUGCCCCCGCCACACCAGCCGCAGCCGCAGCCACAGCCGCAGCCCCCGCUGCAGCCCCCACUGCAGCCCCCGCUGCAGCCGCCCCCGCCGCACCAGCCUCCACACCAGCCACAGCAGCACCACCACCACCUCUCCGUGCCGCCCCCGCCGCUGAUGCCCGUGGCUCAGCCCCAGUUCAGGCCUCACAUGCCGGCGGCCCAGCCUCAGCCCAGCAGCAGCCGGAUGCAGUGCCCCCAGCGCCCGGGGCUGCGGCACAACACUACUUCUCAGAAUGUAACCAAGCGACCAAUGCAGCAAAUGCAGCCAACUGCUCCGAGAAAUAGUAAUUUGCGUGAAUUACCGAUUGCGCCGUCUCACGUUAUAGAGAUGAGUACCAGUCGCUGCUCCUCCACACCUGCAGCUCAAGUGAAACCCAUCACGAGCACAUCUCCGCCCUCGAGGCCUGGGGUGGGGCCCAGGAACACGCAGGGGAAGACCGAAGGGAGAGUCAAGCCACUUAGCCCUGUGGGUCAGCCUAAAGAGGAAGCAAAGACAGAACCAGAGUCUCCUGAUGAAGAUGAGGAGACGCGGCUGUACCGCCUGAAGAUAGAGGAGCAGAAGCGCCUGCGGGAGGAGAUCCUGAAGCAGAAGGAGCUGCGGCGGCAGCAGCAGGCGGGCGCCCGGAAGAAGGAGCUGCUCCAGAGGCUGGCUCAGCAGCAGCAGCUCUGUGCCCCGCCCGCCCCCGCCGCCCCCGCGGAGCAGACGCCCGCCCUGCCGCCCGCCAACGGUAGCCCGCUGCUCCCUUUCCCGGGGCCUCCGGUCAGACCCAACGUGAAAAACAGACUGCUCGUGAAAAAUCAGGAUGCGGCCGUUGCAAACGUUCUGCCCAAAGCAUCAGGGUUUGUGCCGUCUGGUGCUCACACACAGUAUCCAGGACAACAGCUGAAACCACUGAAACACUUGAGACAGGCCAGAACCAUACCUCAGAGUCCAGCUCAGCACAAAGUCCUGCAGGUAAAGCCCGCCGACGGGGAGGGCCUGCCGCCCUCCUCGCAGACCGCUCGAGCCGCAUCCCUCCAGGGCCGGCCCCCGGAGGCCAAGCCUGGCACCAAGAGGACUGUCAUGCACCGGGCCAACAGCGGCGGCGGAGACGGGCCGCACGUCAGCUCCAAGGUCAGGGUGAUUAAGUUGUCAGGCGGGCAGGGAGGAGAGAGCGAUGGCUUUUUUCACCCGGAGGGCCAGCCUCAGCGGCUCCCUCAGGCCCCAGAAGUGAGGCAGCAGCCCGCCCGCAAGGUGACGCUGACCAAGGGGGCCCUCCAGCAGCCCCAGCACCCUGCGGUAGGGGCCCACAUGCACACAGCCGGCCCGCCAGGCAUCAAGAGCAUCCAGGGGAUCCACCCGGCCAAGAAGGUCCUCAUGCACGGGAGAGGCCGGGGCCUGGCGGGAGCGAUGGGCCGGGGACGCCUGAUGCCCAACAAGCAGAACCUGCGGGUGGUGGAGUGCAAGCCUCAGCCCUGCGUCGUGUCUGUGGAGGGGCUCUCCUCGUCCACCACUGACGCCCAGCUGAAGAGCCUGCUGACGUCGGUGGGGCCCAUCCAGAGCUUGCAGAUGCUCCCCCAGCAGCGGAAAGCCAUAGCGAAGUUCAAGGAGCCAGCACACGCGUUGGCGUUCCAGCAGAAGUUCCACAGGCACAUGAUAGACCUGUCCCACAUAAACGUGGCCCUGAUUGUCGAGUGA